CGGCGCUGUGUUGUCACCGAAGCCCCUCAGUCACCCAGCAGACGACGAAUUAAGGUCACGAGAAGAAGUCGCUUUCAAAAUUAUCCAAAAUGCAAGCUUCAAAUAGCAGUUCCGAUCCUAAGAGGAGUGAUAAGAUUAUCAGUUACAAACCUCCUGCUCAGGGAACUCCAGGUGCACCAGGUGAAGACCCUACCACAGACUACAUGAAUGUCUUAGGCAUGAUCUUCAGCAUGUGUGGCCUCAUGAUGCGAUUAAAGUGGUGCGCAUGGGUGGCACUCUACUGCUCUUGCAUCAGCUUUGCAAAUUCUCGAGUAAACGAUGAUACGAAGCAGAUGCUCAGCAGUUUCAUGUUGUCAAUCUCUGCAGUAGUGAUGUCGUACCUGCAAAAUCCACAACCAAUGACGCCCCCUUGGUCUAAUAUAUAGGUGCUGUUUUAUAGGAUUUUCCAAAGUGCAUUUGUAUAAAACUUGUUAAAAGUAAAAAUAAGGAUUUUUUCUUAAUGACUUCCAUAUGGAGCAUUAAAGGUUAUAGAGAGAGAAAAACAAUCUCAUUUUGGUUCAUCUUUCAUCUCGAGAAAAUUGGUGACAAACUGUUAUCCCCAAGUGUGAUUUCCUUUCAAAAGAUAUUUUGGUUGCCAUUCCAUUUUUAUCUUGGGUGAAUAAUACUAAACUUGUUUAAUUAUAGUUUAUGGUGUUCGAAAUGACUCAUUGCUGAAUCAUGUGUUUUUUUUGUUGUUAGUGUACUUCCAUUGUAUUACUUUUAACAAAUGUAAAAAUUGUAUUAGAACUUGUUUUUUUCUACAUUUAUUUGUAUUUUACAGGUAGAAUACAGUAUUCUGUGACAAAGAGGAAGUAUCUGGUCUCUGUUGAAUGAAUGUAAUACAGAUUUUUAAGGCAUUUUUGCCUUUAGUAUUUGAAUAAACAAUUUACAUUA